GUAGAAGUGGUCUAAAUAUUUUCAUAUAUUCUAAAUAGGCUUAUCCUAUGUUCAGUUACUUAUUUACGAUGCUUUACGUGUUUAUGUCCAGCUUGAUACAGUUUCAAAAACUUUAAAGCUAUAAACGAAUUAACAGGUUUUAUUUUUAACUCUUUAUAUGAAAUUUGUGGAACACAAUAAACAAUUCCAUACUCUUGGGGUAAAACUAUCACAAAUUCGCGAAAACAUUGUAUCGCAGUCGAUGAAUAACACGGCAAUGUCCUCGACAAGCCCUCUGGAGUGUAAUGAAGACCUGGAGAAUGUCACUCUUGUUAGAAUGGAAGAUGUGCAACCACAUAGAAAUUCCGAAGCUUACUUACUCAAUACCUCGCCGUAUAUAAACAGAAUGAUUGACCACGAUUAUAGUUGCGUAUUCAAUGACGAGGACUCUAAUAUAGGAAGCAUGGUGUCUAUACAUUCAGAGGAAGUGGAAGACUUGAUUGAGAAUCAAGUUUUAGAGAAUGAUAGAUGCAAGACAGCAGAAUUUUACGCUUCCAAUCCAGACAGUUGGCCAACAUUAGAAAUCUUACCAGGCGGUGUGAUAAAACAUUCAGAAAAGUACAUAACAUCUUUACAUCAAACACACGGUGAGAGUGAUGACCAGGACUUGAUGUAUGCAUGUGCAAAAUGUCCGCAAAGAUUCAAGUUUUUAUACAACUUGGUAAAACAUGUAAAGUUGCAUGAGGAAGAAAAGAAGAAGAGGUUAAAUAAAAGUGGUGUGUUAGAGUCGAAGCCAUCAAAAACAGAAAAAAUGAAAUACAACAUACCCAUAAAAAAGAAGAAAGGGGGAAAAUUUAAAAAAUGCAAGGUACCAAAGAAAUGAUAGUUGAUAAAUUAAAAAAAAAAAUUGUAAGCACAAAUAAUAAUUAAUCAAAUUAUUAUAACCUGUGUUCCAUUUAGUACUAGGAAAGAUUGAAUUGUGCUGACGAAAUUCUGGCGUUCUAAACGCGCUACUUGAUCCGUGAACAUAUGCCAAAUGUAAGUUAUCUAAAGUAAAAUGGACCUUAUGUUGC